CCACGAAAUCCAUUGACAAUUUUGGAGAAAGAUUGACGUGUUUAUUUCCCCCAGAAAUUGUCACUUCAACUCAGUUCAAAGAAAUUUGUUACAGCCGGUUUAUUUAUAGUUCGUAAAGUAGCGUGAAAUUAAAUAAUAUGAUCCUCAAAUACUGUUUGGUAGGGCUGUUGUGUGUCGUGGGGACAUUCGCCCUUUAUAAUGGGCCCACUGACGUGGUGGAACUCACCCCUGAUAACUUUGAUAGACUAGUCUUAAAUUCUGAUGAAGUUUGGAUAGUAGAAUUCUACGCUCCCUGGUGCGGUCAUUGUAAGAACCUUGUUCCCGAAUUUCAGAAGGCUGCUAAAGCGCUGAAGGGUAUCAUAAAAAUGGGAGCUGUAAAUGCUGAUAACCACAAAUCAUUGGCCCAAAAAUAUGGCAUUAGUGGUUUCCCUACCCUCAAAAUAUUCUCGGGUGGCAAACACACCCCUUACAAUGGGGCGAGGAACGCUGCAGGCUUCAUUGAAGCAGGAUUGAAGGCAGCCAAGGAGAAGGCGUAUCGUAGCCUCGGGCAUAAAGCCGGUGGAUCUUCUGAUAAGUCGGACUCAGACGUUGUAACACUGACAGACAGCAACUUCAAAGAGCUGGUAUUGGACAGUGAAGACAUGUGGCUGGUGGAGUUCUACGCACCGUGGUGUGGACACUGCAAGAACCUGGAGCCGCAGUGGGCGAAGGCUGCCACCGAACUCAAGGGCAAGGUGAAACUCGGCGCUCUAGACGCAACCGUCCACACUUCGAUGGCCUCGCGCUACCAAGUCCAAGGCUACCCCACCAUCAAAUUCUUCCCAUCAGGCAAGAAGUCCUCAGACUCGAUGGAAGACUACAACGGAGGUAGAACUUCGAGCGACAUCGUGACUUGGGCUCUGGAGAAAUUCGCAGAAAAUGUCCCUGCCCCUGAAGUUUUGCAGAUUGUCGAUGAAGAGACAAUGAAGGCAUGCGGUGAGAAGCCCCUGUGCGUGGUGUCGAUACUUCCGCACAUUCUGGACUGCAACGCCGCGUGUCGUAACGACUAUCUCGCCAUCCUCACCAGGCUUGGGGACAAGUACAAGAAUAAAAUGUGGGGCUGGGUGUGGUCGGAGGCGGGAGAACAGCCAGCAUUAGAACAAGCAUUGGAGUUGGGCGGGUUCGGGUACCCGGCCAUGGCGGUCGUCAACGUGAAGAAGCUCAAGUUCUCGACACUCAGGGGCUCCUUCUCCGAGACAGGCAUUAACGAGUUCCUCAGAGAUUUGUCAUUCGGUCGCGGCCAAACUGCCCCAGUGAAGGGCGCCGAGAUGCCUAAAGUGUCCAAGACAGAGCCCUGGGACGGCAAAGAUGGUGAACUGCCGCCCGAAGAGGACAUUGACCUCUCCGACGUGGAUCUUGAGAAAGACGAGUUAUAAACACCUUGGAAGUGACUUAAAGACUGUUUUGUGUGUGUGUCAGAAACCUUGGAUUUCAUGGUGUGAACCAUGUAGCACAUCACUGAAUGUUUUGUAUGACGUAAUGUGUCGCGCGAAAUGAGCGUAAUUAUUUCUAUGUAGGUCAUAAAUAAAGCCGUUUUGUAAAAUAUUUAGCCAUUACAUAAGUCAAAGAGUAGUUUAUUUGACAUAGUACGCCAAACUCUUACAUGUACUUACAUGGUAUAUCUAUGGUUCUAUGUAAAUAAUCUUAAUGAGAGUUACAGUAUAAACUCCUAUUAUUGUUUCCCAGUUAUUCAUACCUUUGAAAUUAAUGCAAUACCUGGGAACACAUGUCUACCUUCUCUGUGGCUAAUGUGUUGUGUGAUGUUUGAUGCAUACAAGACAAAAUGGAAUCACGUGUUAAAUUUUAUUCUAUAUCUAUGGUAAUCACAAAUAUUGAAUCUUCUCAAAAAUAUAUGUGUGGAAUUUUCGAGUUUAUUUUUCGAUGCUUUAUAUUCUAAAAUCAAUUUUCAUAUUUUUAGCGCCUUUUGCUCAGUGUUUCUAAAUAAAUUGUGAAAUAGCUACUGUAUGGAGUAUGAAUGGUGAUGUUCAUAAAUAAGUCUCAAUUAGGUUUAAAAUUGAUGUUUGUAAAUGGCUGCAACUCUUCCAGUAAUUUAUUGCAUUUAUUCCUAACAAGCAGUCAUAGAAAUAACUCUUUAUCAUGAAAAAAUAAUAUUCAAUAAAGUUUUAUUAUAUA